GCGACUCACAUCAAAGACAAGGAGUACGACGCGCCCACUCCACCCGUCAUCUCUUGCCUCAACAGGAAGGAGUACGACGCGGUCAUCGACUGGUUCAAGGCGAGGGGCCAUGACCAGAUCCCGGCCACAUGCAUCAUCUUCAAUGAGAAGAGUCUCAUCGAGGGUUGGGAGGAGCAGGAAGUCACCGUUGAGGGGGUCAACGGCGGCGCAGUGCAGCUCUCAGCUCAG